AAGUGCGGAGAAAAAACUAUCCCAGAAGCAAUAAAGACUUGUGACACGGAUUCUGUUGUUUAAUGGACAAUUAUCACAAUCCAUUAAAUCUAAAACUCAGUAUAAAUAGCUCACUCAGCUCGACUUUAACCAAGUAAAUAACAAUGAUGAAGAUAGCAGUAACUCUACUCUGCUGCUUAGUAGCCGUCACUAAGGCCAACUUCACCGUCAAACAGAUGCAAAAGAUCCACGCAUCGUUCGUGAACUGCUCCAAUAACUUGGCCGUCCCCGAGGACACCGUCCACUACGAAGAGCACAGCAUUUCCGGCGAUCUGGCCCUCAAUGAUCCGCUGUUCAAGCGUGACCUACUGUGUGUGAUGCGGGGAAUGAGGAUCGUAAACGAGACCGGAGAUAUUGACCUGCCACGGAUGAAGGAGUUCCUGCGGGACGGACACGAUGAGAAGACACUGGAGGAAAUGCUGAAAAUCUGCACUAAAACUGAGGAGGGUGCGGCCCCGGAGGAUAAAAUUUACCAGUUUUACCGGUGUUUUUGGACCCAGAAUAAAUUUGUGGUGUAAAAACAAUUUUUAAUUUAAUUUUUUCGAUCAAUGUUCGAUUCAAUGUUAUUAUCUCAAUAUCUCAAAGCAUGGAUCAAAUAAACUGAAAUAGUAAUUGUUAUUUGGAGGAUUACA